AUCCGCUCACGCGCAGUAGCAGCAUUAUUCCAUCAACAUGGCGCUGGCGAAGGCUGUCUACAAUCUGCUCUUCAGGAGGACGUCAACCUUCGCUAUAACCAUCAUGGUUGGCGCGGUCUUUUUUGAGCGACUGUUCGACCAAGGUGGCGACGCGAUUUUCGAACAAAUGAAUCGAGGGAAACUAUGGAAACACAUCGAACACAAUUACGAAAACAAAGAGGAGGAAUAAGACGGUUCCGGGGUCAUCUAAGGCUGAAGUGCAUCUGUUAUAACACUUCCUCUACCCAUUCUCCCUGGACUUCAUACCUGAAUCAAACAUCAGUAAACAAUGGACAAUGUGCUCAAAAGUCAUGCCCAAACUGGCAGCGGCUACCCGAGGACCUGUGGGGGAGCUGACUGACCGUCCAGACCACCAUCAAGACGUCCUGUCACCUCUCUCUCCCUGUUGUUGUUUGUAAUGCAUCACAGAUUGUAAAAUUGUUAAAUUAAACGUGAUAAUGUCUAA